AUGAAACCUAUUUUUGAACUGGUGGAAGUGCAAUCUGCUGUCGCAUCAUUUGUUGUCCAAGUAAAGCUUGAGGCAUCAUUGGAUGUGCUUGUUGCAUCAUAUGAGGAAGAAGAAGUUGUCCU